AUGCAUCACCACGAGCACCUUGGAUGCGACGCUCUCCUUCACUCUCAGCGACGCCGUGGGAUUCAUGAUGUACGGGAGCGACGACUGGGCCAAGGGCUGUUCAACGUGUCUGUGGCCAGCGACGAUCCAGGAGCGACCGACUCGGUGACCGACAAUUCGAUUCAGUACAGUCCAAGGGCAUUGUGGUCCCAGCUUGACCUUCCGAAGUACCUCGCAACAGGUCUAAACCAAUCGGCUACCUAUCAAGUCAAGAUAGCGAAUCAAGGGGCGAAUUUAACCUCGCAUCUGUGUGCCAGUACAUCACCACUUUCUACUAACAGCGCCACUCCUUCGCUUUCGCAGACACUCAAUGGAGCAAGUACAACACCAUUCGGACCAUCCUCCCCUAGUAUUUCACAAUCAAACAAGCUCUCAACGGCUGCCAUCGGCGCAGGGAUAGCAGUCGGAUGCGCAGUUCUACUCAUACUGUUCGUCGCUCUCUGGAUCACUCGACGGCUCCAGCGUCGAACCUUGAAUAUGCCAGCUCGACUCGAACCAUUCUUCCAGGCACCCCCUAUGAUCGAGCGCAGUUCGACUCGAGCCCAACCUGAAGUUCAACAUGGUAGACCGGUGACGAAGAUUGCAAAAAUGACAGACACCACGACACUGCCGUCCGCUGCUGCAAGCAAGCCGCCGCAUCGGGAUUCUGACCUGUACGAGACCAUUGGUUCGAGGAUACACGAGCGAGACGCAGGGCCUGCGAUCGAACCGCCUGUGUAUGACCCUGCGUGGGCCGUACAUAUGUUACAUCCCGAUUCGAUAGCGUCUUGAACACUUACACGCACAUGGAAAUCUUGACGUUUUGGGCCUGGCCUCCCUGCGAUCCGAGCCUGGACAUCACACGCUCUCUACAUGCAUAAGUCAUAGAUACCAUUCACCUGGAGGGGUAUGACC